AUGACAGAGCUGUAUUAAGAUUAAUCCACAUAUUAACUAAUUGAGUAAAUCAAAGUUAAAUAAUAUUGUACAGCAAUUGCAAUAUUAAGUGACAAUUCUUAUGUCCUAGCAUCAUGUUGGAAGAUGAUUAAAGUAUUUUAAUUCAAAAAAGAAAUCAUGAAAUAAGUCAAUUUUAUUAAUGGACACAAUAACAGAAUUACUGUUUUAGAAUUUUAUAAGAAUUAUAAAGUCUCCUCUGAUUGGGAUGGAUCCAUAAAAAUCUGGUCAAUCAAUCGGAUACAUUCGUCGAAGUGUUUGUAAAAAAUCUAAGCUCAUAAAUAAGUCAUUCUAGGCUUAGUAAUAAAUGAUGAAAAAAAUUGUAUAAUUUCUUCAAGUCAAGAUAAGAAAAUCAAAUUUUGGACAGAGAAAAAUGGAUGGCAAUGUACAUAAUUAUAAAUGAUCAUGAUAGUAUUGUUUUUGGUUUAAGUCUGAAUGAACAAGGGGAUAAACUAAUCUCUUGUAGUUAAGAUAAGUAAAUCUUUGUUAUGGUAUAACAAAAACUUAGAAUAUCAAAUGUUGGAACAUAGUUUAAAAAAUUGAGGUUGAUAAAGAAGGAUAUAAAUUAUGUUUAAUUAGCAAUAAUUUAUUCACAUUUUAAUAAUGGGGUGAAAAUUUUAUGGACGUUUAUGAAUUGGACAGCAAAAAUUAGUUUAUAAAAACUAAAAGCAUUUUUGUUAAAGGGGGAACAAAUUGUGAUUGUUUAUUUCCAUAAUAAUAUCGAAAAUCAAAAGAUUUGCUUGUUAAUAAAAAUGGCUCAUUCAUAAACUUAAUUAGAAGAUAAGAAAAUAAUGAGUUCAUUCCAUAGAUGUCUAUUGACUUAUUAGCAGGUGAAAGUAUUUAUGGCUAAAUGAGUUAAGACAGUCAAUAUUUAAUCACCUGGGAUAAAAAAUCAUCGCUAAUUUAAAUAAGAAAAUAUUAGAAUAUCAAUUGA